UAGCUAUAUCGGUUACAGGACCGUCAUAUAGUGGCACAUUUUCACCAAUCGAUGAAGGGCCUCAUGACCGAUAUAGCCCCACAUCCAAUAAAAGUGUUAUUGCGUCAGUCACACAAGAUCAUAAUAUU